CACGUACUGUAACUAGGCAAAAACCAAUGAAUCCUGCGGGAAGUAGUAUUAUCUCGCGAUUUUUACAGUCUACCGAGAAUUUCACAGCAGCACAGCAACAGAUGACGUCAUACAGCGGCCAUGUUGUGAAGGGAAAAGUUCCAUGACUGACAGAUACUCUGCAAAGGAGCAAGUUAUCCUAUACGCGUAUUGUGUGAAGGGUAACAAAUAUAUAAAUAUGAAAAGCUAGGCUGGUGGCUACGUACCGUUAUGUGUUUACUUGAGGCUUGUUGUUUCCUUUGUAUUAAAUUAAAAGUGACGCUUGUUUGUAGUAUUGGUCAGGUAAUGCCUCACUCAAGAUGGCCACUAUUUGUGCUAGUAGUACCCACGUGACGCGAUGGCAGGCCAAUCAGAGAGCGGGACAGGAGACUGCUGGGGAGAAGUCCAGCAGCAGCAGUAGCAGCAGCGCUUGACUCGGAAUCUGUAGUUGUGGCCAUCACGAACCUGUAUCCGCCUCUCCUCCGGGAGCUAUGAAGGAAGACAAGGAGAACACAAAGCCUAAGGAGAGGAGAGGGGAGCAGGCCAGUGCGGAGGACGGGGACAGGCCCGAGAAGGUGAAGGAGAAGAGGGAAGUCCUGAGCAAGGUAGUGAUUCGUCGCUUGCCCCCAAGUCUUACCAAAGAGCAGCUGGAAGAGCAUCUGCUACCUCUGCCUGACCAUGAUUAUUUUGAGUUUUUUGCAAAUGAUUCCAGCUUAUUUCCCCAUAUGUUCUCAAGGGCAUAUAUUAAUUUUAAAAGUCAAGAUGACAUUAUGUUAUUUAGAGAUCGUUUCGAUGGCUAUGUGUUCAUUGAUCACAAAGGUCAGGAAUAUCCAGCUAUUGUGGAAUUUGCACCUUUUCAGAAAGUAGCAAAAAAGAAAAGCAAGAAAAAGGAUUCCAAGACUGGAACUAUUGAUGACGAUCCAGAAUACAGAAAGUUUUUAGAUGCAUACAGUGUGGAUGAAGAGAAGCUGACUUCUACCCCAGAGACUCUGCUGGAAGAAAUAGAGGCCAAGAAUAAAGAAAUGAUAGCCAAGAAGACCACUCCACUGUUGAGCUUUUUAAAAAAUAGACAGAGAAUAAGAGAUGAAAAGCGCGAGGAGAGAAGGAGGAGGGAACUAGAGCGAAAGAGACAGCGGGAAGAAGAAAGAAGGAAGUGGAAAGAGGAGGAGAAAAGGAAACGUAAAGAUGCAGAAAAGCAAAAGAAAUGUGAAAGAGCUCCGGAGAAAGAUUUGGAGAGGUCAAAAGACGAGCCUAAAAUCAAGCUUCUAAGGAAGCCUGAGAAAGAAGAUGAGCCAGAGAAGAAGUUUAAGGCUAGAAAAGCAGAUAAAGAGAGUGUGAGGGAAGAGCGCAGCUCUACAAGCAAGAGAUCAGAUGGUGAAGCUGGAGAAGAAAAGACCAAGCGUUGUGAAGACGAAUAUGUGAAAGAUUAUAGAGAUAAAGAUUACAGAGAUAAAGAUUAUGAUCCAGAGCGGCGAGCGAGAGAAAAGGAGAAACAGCGAUAUCAUGAGGACGAGCGGCGAAAACAAAGGGAUCGAUACGAGAAAGACAGAUGUUUCAGAAGACGAGACGACGACUACAGAAAAGAUAGGGAAGUAGCAAGGGAGAGAGGGCGGAAGCAGGAGGUAAAUGAAUGUCCACCAACAACUGAUAAAGCAGACCGCCCGUCCCGAGAGGACAAGAAGGAAGAUGCAGCCAAAAGAGAUCGCAUAAGGAACAAGGAUCGCCCAGCAAUGCAGUUAUACCAGCCCGGAACAAGGAGCAGGAGCCGGCUAACGCAGUGUGAUGAGAGCCCAGCAAAAUCCAGCGAUCAGGCUGCUGACCAGAAGCAGGAGAGUGAGACCAAUGAUGACAGGAAAGGAGAGUAAGGCGUUAGAAGAUUUGGAGGGUCUUGCCCAUUGUGACAACCAAAGAAAACAAACUCUGCAAUCCAGAAGUGCCUUCACAGAGAAGGAGUCGGGACCAGGCAGGAGUAGGGUCCAGAGGAAAGGUGUAGGGGCGUCUUUGGUGGGGAUGGAAAGCGCAGAGUUGGGCUAAGAAUCCAUAAUGGAUUCCAGUGGCGAGAAGACUGCUGCUGGAACGGAACGCACAGUGUUCGGGGCUGUAGUAUUGAUGGCGAGAGAGAGAGCAUUGCAGAUCUUCAGUUUACAGUAUCUUGUCUGUGGCCUUAAUGAAACGUGACUCCUCCAUUCCUGUAUUGGCAGAAGGUUAUGACAGAAGAACAUUAUCGAAUGUUAUUUUCAGCCAAAUAUCAUACGGCUGAUUGCAUAGAGCUUGCCCUGUAUUUCAGUUUUGCAAUAUAGGUGUUAAAGAUUUUUUUCUUUUCUCUUACUUUGGAUGUUCUGAAGAAAUUAAAUGCUGCUGUAAAAUGCUGAAAAGACUCAGAAUAAUGCUGUGAUUUUUGGUUUUCCUAAUUAUUUUCAUACAGAUCUUUAUUACUUACAAUGAGAGAAGUAUACAUUGCUGUAUUCACAGACAAGUGACUGCUUAUUUUAUCGCAUCUGGAUCAUAUAAAGAGUUAUUAUCUUAAAUAAAUGUAACCUACAUGUUUUCUUAACUUUUUUCUAGGAAAAAUAAAAUAUUUUGAAUCUA